ACAGAAUCGAAGGUCCCUGUCGGUGAAAGGAAGGAGCUAAAGCUUGUCAUGAGCUAAUUGUCUGAUUAUAUAUCGCCGUUGCAUUUUUACAUCUAACAUCUUUAUUCGGCAACUGGUGGGUCGUUAAAGAGGUCAGCAUCAUGGGUGAACCACAGCAGGUUAGUGCCCUGCCCCCUCCACCCAUGCAGUACAUCAAAGAAUACACAGAUGAAAACAUUCGUAAGGGUCUGGCUCCUAAGCCACCUCCGCCCAUCAGAGACAGCUACAUGAUGUUUGGCAACCAGUUCCAGUGUGACGAGAUCAUCAUUCGGCCUCUGGAGAGCCAAGGCAUUGAGAGGCUCCAUCCCAUGCAGUUUGACCACAAACGAGAGCUUAAGAAGCUGAACAUGUCCAUUCUCGUGAACUUUCUGGACCUGCUGGACAUCCUCAUCAAGAGCCCUGGCAGUAUAAAACGUGAAGAGAAGCUGGAGGACUUAAAGCUUCUGUUUGUUCACAUGCACCACUUGAUAAAUGAGUACAGGCCGCAUCAAGCCAGGGAGACGCUGAGGGUGAUGAUGGAGGUGCAGAAGAGACAGAGGCUUGAGACGGCUGAAAGGUUCCAGAAACAUCUGGAGAGGGUGGUGGAGAUGAUUCAGGGGUGCCUUGCCUCCCUACCUGAUGACUUACCACAGAUGGAGGGUGCAGAUGGGGCUGGAGAUGGGACAAGGAGUGGAUCUGCAGCAGCCGGUAUGGGUUGUUCCUCUGGACAGGCCCCCAGGCUGAAAAGUGAACCUAUGGAUGUCGAGGAAGCAGGUGCCAGCUGUAUGGCAGUGGGUCAGCAGGACAAGAGCAGCCCUACUGCAAAAAGAGACAAAAUAUGGGACAAGGAUGCCGCCAUGUGCAGUAUUAUUGAUGAAAUUGCUUAAGUUUUAUGUUGAGUAGUUGUAAUUCUUUUUUUGUACAUCUAAACUGUUUUUGUCUUUUGUGUUCUAUACAUAGUGUAACUAUGAAAAAGUUUGCUGUAUUUUCACUCGGCCUGAAAUCCUGACUGGAAUGGUGUUUUAUUUAAAACCUAUCAUGUAGAUAUUACUACCACUUCCUGUGAAAACACUGAAAGAAUUUAAAUACCAUACAUCAGUUGGGGUGCCAACUUUCAGUUUUUGUAAUAAAACCAAUAAAAAAAGAUGUGCAAGUGCAAUGCUGUCACAGUCAGUCCAUCACAUGCAUUGAUUGUUUACAUUUGUAAAGCAAUUCGGUCCUGUCACUAUGACUUCCACAGUGUCUAAUAAAGUGAGAGAUGUCAGUAUGUAUAGACUGUAGUUACACAGUCACUCCUCCCUCCCUCAGUCCCUUUCACCUGAGGUUUUCCUCAUCCCUACAACAUUUUCUUCCAGAGGGUAAUUUCUGCACGAUUUUUAGAAAGAAAUGCAACUCUCUUACCAGGCUGCCUGUUAAGCUUCUGCCUGUUUACCUGUUUGAUUAUGAAAACUGUACCACACAUAAAUAUCCUCAGAACAAUCCUAAUUUACUUACUGCAGCACAGAGCCAAAUCUUAAGGGGGCACAUUUGAAUAUUGAAAUAUACCAGGUCUACGUCUGCGACACCGGGCAGUUUCACUUAGGUAUGUGUACAUUAAUCAAGUCCUUGUGUAGCAGAGUUUCCCCAUAAUGUUUAGGGGUCAACUUAAAGAUGUUUAACUCAAAUAUACUGAUGAUUAAUGGACACUUUAGGAGACUAUGUAAAGCAAAUUUAGAACUUUAUGCUGUUUGUUUUUCAUGUUCAUGUACAUGCAGUAUAAAACAGUUAUUUCACACUGAUGGGCUGGUGGCCUGAUUGGCCCUCUGAGAGCAACAGGCUAUAAUAAUGUGAAUCUAAGAAGCGUCUGUGUUUGGUGGCCAGCCCCAGGCUGCAGCCAUAUUUCACUGCCCCUGAAUGGCUUCCAUGAGACAGACCUGAUGUGCACUGGCUUGUAUAACAGACGUACAGAGAUUUUGUUACAAAACAGCAGUUCUGUAGCAUUACUGCAUAAAACCACAGAAAACUGUUUUUCAUGAGCAGUAACUGCAGUUUUACUCCCCGUGUGCAGUUUGCACCUCCACAGGAACAUGUUUGCAUGUUUGCUUUUUUUUUUUUUUUUUAUAAU